AUGAAAAUAUUCUCCGAGUCUUUCACGCUUUCAGAGAUUGAUCCAGAUGGAAAGGCGUUUGACGAGGUAUCCCGCGGGGUGUUUGUGUCGGAAGGGUGCCGCAUGCUGAUGGACUACCACACAGGCCUGUUCACGCACAAAAAGAUGGACAGAGUAAACGUUGCUAUUUUUUCCGACGAAGAUAACUUCAGCGAAAAAGACAUCCCAGAGAAGUACUCGUAUCUCAUGGGAAAUGGCGUAAUCUACAAAACAGAAAUAAAAGACAGAACAAAAACAGUAGACAUAUCGUUCUCGGGCCUGCUAGUGCGAAUGGAGAUGGAUCCCGCAAGAAUGAAGGAAACACAGAGAUACAAAAGGCUGUUUUUGGGGGUGGAGGAUGCACUGGGCUAA